AUGCGUCGACUUGCAGCUGCAGCUUUGGAGGAGCGGCGCCAGGAGGCGGUCCGGCAGGAGGCCGAGCGGCAGCGGCUGGCAGAGCUGCAGCGAUUGCAGCGUGAAGCAGAAGAGAAGUUGCGCAGAGAGGAGUUGCUGGAGAAGCGUCUGGAAUCUCUCCGACGUCAAGAAGAGGAGAAGGAGAAACGAGCGGCAGCAAUGCAACAGGAAGAGCUACGGCAGAAAGAAGCCGAACAGCACGGGAGCCAAUUGCAGCAACAGGACUUUCUACCUAGCGGAUGUGACGAGGUGAACCGAAAUGAGCUCCCAGAGCAGGUCGCGCAGGACCAGGAGAACCAAGACGGCAGAAAUAGCGAGGAGGUUCCACAGCAGCAAUCAAUGCAAACAAAUGAGGAGGCCUUGCAGCAAUCACGCGAGGACUUGCCUGAAGAUGCAGCAGGACUGGCAGGACCGUGUGCGAAAGAGGGGCAUUGCAACCAAGCGGAGCUUGAUAUGAAGCAAGAGAAGGUGGAAGACAUAGACAGCCAGGAGGAGGGAAUGUGCAAAACUCAGGUGUUGGAGCAGGAGCCAAGCACGAGACAAAGCCAAGAAGAGGAGGUCCGAACAGUGUCAACGAAUCUGGCCGAGCUGGAAGUGCAGGACCAUGAUGGAAAGGAAACUCCCCUGCAGGAGCCGCCACUCUGUCAAGAGGCCGUCGAGUUGCCACGCGUGGCGCUUCGUGGUUUCCAGCCUGUGCCGGUGAAGUUUGUAGAGGCACCCGAGAAAGAAGUCAGGCCAGAUGCUUCGCCCGAGGACGGAUGCUCCGACUUGACAGAAAUUGAUGCAGCAACCGAACCCCUGCACUCAGACGACCAGAGUCAACCGAGCCAAGCCGAGCAAACUGAGCAAGCGUUGCCCGAAGCUGCACCAGCAGAGCCACCGCAAGCGAAAGAACCGCAGCGCCCAUUGUGUUCCCCAAACAUGAUGUGGGGCCACGAUCGAGAGCAAUAUCGUGGUGAGUUGUUCCUGGAGCUCGGCCGACGGCUUGGACGGACCGACCAGGACUUUACUCGGACGGAGAAUGUGAGAACAGAGGACCAGCGGCCUUCGCGAGAGGUCGAGGCCCCAACCGCUUCCGCCUCUGCAUCCUUGGUGGCAGCCGAGGCUGCCCUGCGCGCCGCCGCUCAACAGCGGAUGGCAAGCGUGCAGCAUCUCACAAAAGGCCCAACGUGCGUACAGACGCUCUGCGCGCCGGUACCUCGUCCACAAGAUCAGGAGGCGUGUCGUAAUGCCACCGCGCGGGUCCAAUUGAACAAGGGCCAGAUCCCUACCAUAGCUCGGUCGCUGUCGCCGGUCAGAAUCGUGGCUUCUGGCAGGCCUUGUCCGCCGCGAGUCCUCGCGGCUCCGCCUAAAGCGGAGGGCCAGGCACCCUUCUGCGUGCAGACGGACUCCGCCCAAGCUGUUGGCAUGGCUUCAGGCGCCGCAUGGCAACCUGUCCACGCUGGAGUUCUGACGGCUCGAGGAGUUCCAGUACAAAAGGAGUGCACCCAGCCGAGUCGAGGACUGUCGCCAGUGCCGAUGCGCUUUCGCAGCUUGGUUGUGCCUGCCGCAGCACACCAUCCUGCUCCAGGAAGCGCAGACUGCCACGCGCAAGCCACGGCCGGAGAGAGGAGCCAACACAGGCAGCCUCCCACGCCUGGCGCAGGGGUGCGCGAGAUGUCUGGCAUCGGCCUUGCACGGUACCCCCAAGCGGAGAACAUGAUUCCUGUGUUCAGGCCUCAGAAGAUCGCGAGCCAGUCUGGCUCCGUCCAAGCGCCCGUGUCGCAGCAGGUGGAGCUUCUCAGGCAGAUGCCAGGCUCGCCAGUCUACGCCGCGCGGCAGCUGCCACUGGCUGGCUCCUUCGUCGCGCCAGCUGCAAGGCCGAUGCUGGAGCCGUGGCCAGGGAGGUGCGACCACUAG